AACUAUAACGAGGAAAUGAAGGAUGAGAAGAUGUUCAGUCUGAGAGACUCUGUUCUUAAUAUGAUAUUUCAUUUUCUGAAGAUGAUGGAAUGUGAUGAUAUCGUGGAUACUCUUCAGACCAAUGAACUAAUUGGGUUUGAACAGCAUAAACUGAAACUGAUACUGAGAAAGAAGUAUCAGCACGUGUGGGAAGGAAUUUCAAAACAAGGAGAGUCCACUAUUUUAAAUCAGAUCUACACGGAUCUCUACAUCACUGAAGGUGGAGCUGGAACUAUAAACCAGGAGCACGAGAUGAGACAAAUCCAAAAGCAGAAAACCAGAGUAACAAAGGAAGCAACUGAAAUGCAGCAGGAGCGACAAAUUGACUGCAAAAACAUGUUUGAACCACUGCCUGGACAAGACAAGGACAUCAGAAUGGUGAUGACACAGGGUGUGGCUGGCAUUGGAAAAUCUAUCUGUGUGCAGAAGUUUGUCCUUGAUUGGGCUACAGAUAAAAAAUAUCAGGACAUCAAAUUAUUGUUUCCUCUGCCUUUCAGAGAACUAAACUUGAAGAAAGAAAAUCGCAGCCUGAGGGACCUCAUCUCUGAGUUUUUCCCUGAAACUAAAGGACUGAGGUUCACAGACAGGUAUAAAGUCAUGUUCAUCUUUGAUGGACUUGAUGAAUGUCGAUUCCCUUUGGCAUUCCAGAAAAAUAAGACACUGACAGACGCUUCGAUUCCAGCCACGUUGGACGUUAUUCUAACCAGCCUCAUCAAAGGAGACCUGCUUCCCUCAGCUCUGAUCUGGAUAACCACUCGACCUGCUGCAGCUGCUAGGAUCCCUGCUGAAUGUGUGGUGCGGGUAACGGAGGUCCGAGGCUUCAAUGAUCAACAGAAGGAGGAGUACUUCAGAAAAAGAAUCAGUGAUGAGAGCCUCGCCAACAAAAUAAUCAAACACAUUAAAGCAUCACGGAGUCUCUUCAUCAUGUGCCACAUUCCUGUCUUUUGCUGGAUUUCAGCCACAGUUUUUGAGAAGAUUUUGAAGGAAACAGAAGAUGGAGAGACACCAAAGACUUUGACUGAGAUGUACACCUGCUUUCUGAUCUUCCAGACCAUCCAGGGAAACCUGAAAUAUACAGGAAAAAACUCCUCAGAUAUUCCAUGGGAUAAAGAGGCCAUACUGGCACUGGGAAAGCUGGCAUUUUAUAACCUGGAAAAAAGCAACCUGAUUUUUUAUGCAGAAGAUCUAGAAGAAUGUGGAAUUGAUGUCAGUAAAAUCUCUGUCUACUCUGGCCUGUGCACUCAGGAAACAAGCAGGUUUCACGACACAGUUUUUAGCUUUGUGCAUCUGAGCAUUCAGGAGUUUAUUGCCUCUUUAUAUGCAUACAUGUGUCUCAGAAAUGAAAAUGUGAAUGUUUUUGACCAAGAGUCGACAUCAUCAGAGAACCCUGAGAACAAAGCUAUGGAACUUCUCAGGACAGCAGUGGACAAGGCUUUGGAGAGCGACAGUGGACAUCUUGAUCUUUUUCUUCGGUUCCUUCUGGGUCUCACAGUUGACUAUAAUCAGAAACUCAUCCGAGGUCUGUUGAAGUCCAGUGGAAGAAGUUCUGACUGCCAGAAAGAAAUUGCUCAGUACAUCAAGAUGAAGUUUGAUGAAAAUCCAUCUCCAGAGAGAUCCAUCAACCUGUUCUACUGUCUGAAUGAGUUAAACGAUGAUACUUUAGUAAAAGAAAUCCAAAGCUACUUAAGCUCAGGUCGUUUGUCUGAAACUGAACUCUCACCUGCACAGUGGUUUGCUCUGGUCUUUGUGUUGCUGACAUCAGAUGAAGAUCUGGAUGUUUUUGACCUACAGAAGUUCAUAAGGUCAGAUGAAUGCUUUAGGAGGCUGCUGCCAGUCGUCAAGGAGUCUAAAAGAGCUCUACUCAGUAGCUGUAACCUGACAGACAGAAGCUGCUCAGCUUUACUCACGGUUCUUAAUUCUGAAUCCAACCUGAUCGAGGUGGAUCUGAGCAACAACGACCUGCAGGAUUCAGGAAUAGAGCUGAUAUCUUCUGGACUGAAGAAUCAGAACUCUAAACUGGAGAUACUGAGCUUGAGGAACUGCAACAUUACAGCUAAAAGUUGUGCUGAUCUGAAAUCAGCUCUUGAUGUAAAUACAUCACACCUGAAAGAUCUGGAUCUGAGUAACAAUCAACUAGGAGAUUCAGGAAUAAAUGAAGAUUCAGGAGUUAAGAAGCUCUCAGAUCUACUGAAGGAUCCACACUGCAGACCCACCACACUCAGACUCAGUCAGUGUAAUCUGACAGAUGAAGGAUGUUUAGCUCUGUUCCAAGUUCUAUCAUCAGAUUCCUUCACUGUGAGCGAACUCGACCUGAGUAACAAUCAGAUUCAGGAUUCAGGAGUCAGACUCAUUUCUGAUCUACUUAACAAUCCAAACUGUAAACUACACACUGUGGGACUCAGUCAGUGUAAUAUGACAGAUAAAGGAUGUUCAGCUUUGUUCCAAGUUCUCUCAUCAGAUUCCUCCACUGUGAGAAAACUCGACCUGAGUAACAAUCAGAUUCAGGAUUCGGGAGUCAGACUCAUUUCUGAUCUACUUAAGAAUCCAAACUGUAAACUACUAAGUGUGAGAUUAUCAGAUUGUGGUGUAAGAGAGGAAGGUUAUGCUGCUAUGGCUGAAGCUCUCAAAUCAAACCCAUCAUCAGAGCUGAUGGAGCUGGAUCUCAGAGGGAACCAUCCUGGAGAUUCAGGAGUAAAACUGCUCUAUGAUCUACUACAGGAUCCAAACUGUAAACUGAAGACACUGAGGAUCUUAAAGUCUCCUGAAGCAGAAGAAGUCUACACCUCUCUUUGUUCCACUCUGGGUCAGAACCCCUUAAUACUGACCCAGAUGAAGCUGGAGAGGAACCCAGUUGGGGUAUCAGGAGAUUCCAGAGUGAAGCUUCUCUCUGCGUUUCUGCAGGACUCUCACUGCAAACUGCAGAAACUCCAGAUUAAUGACGAUGAUCUAACGAUGGAGAGCUGUUCAGCUUUAUCUGAAGUUCUGAGAUCAGGAUCCUCCAGUCUGAGAGAGCUGGACCUGAGCAACAACAACCUACAGAACUCUGGAGUACAGAAGCUCUGUGAAGGACUGAAGAAGAAAGAGUGUAAACUGGAGGUUCUGAGAUUAUCAGAUUGUGGUGUAAGAGAGGAAGGUUAUGCUGCUCUGGCUGAAGCUCUGAAAUCAAACCCAUCAUCAGAGCUGAUGGAGCUGGAUCUCAGAGGGAACCAUCCUGGAGAUUCAGGAGUAAAACUGCUCGAUAAUCUACUACAGGAUCCAAACUGUAAACUGAAGACAUUAAGGUUAUUAAAAUCCCCUAGAGCAGAAGAAGUCUACACCUCUCUUUAUUCCACGCUGGGUCAGAACCCCUUAAUACUGACCCAGAUGAAGCUGGAGAGGAACCCAGAGGGGGUAUCAGGAGAUUCCAGAGUGAAGCUUCUCUCAGAGUUUCUGCAGGACUCUCACUGCAAACUGCAGAAACUCCAGAUUAAUGACGAUGAUCUAACGAUGGAGAGCUGUUCAGCUUUAUCUGAAGUUCUGAGAUCAGGAUCCUCCAGUCUGAGAGAGCUGGACCUGAGCAACAACAACCUACAGAACUCUGGAGUAAAGAAGCUCUGUGAAGGACUGAAGAAGAAAGAGUGUAAACUGGAGGUUCUGAGAUUAUCAGAUUGUGGUGUAAGAGAGGAAGGUUAUGCUGCUCUGGCUGAAGCUCUGAAAUCAAACCCAUCAUCAGAGCUGAUGGAGCUGGAUCUCAGAGGGAACCAUCCUGGAGAUUCAGGAGUAAAACUGCUCGAUGAUCUAGUGCAGAACAAAAAAUCUAAACUGAGCACACUGAGGUUCUUAAAGUCUCCUGAAGCAGAAGAAGUCUACACCUCUCUUUGUUCCACUCUGGGUCAGAACCCCUUAAUACUGACCCAGAUGAAGCUGGAGAGGAACCCAGAGGGGGUAUCAGGAGAUUCCAGAGUGAAGCUUCUCUCUGCGUUUCUGCAGGACUCUCACUGCAAACUGCAGAAACUCCAGAUUAAUGACGAUGAUCUAACGACGGAGAGCUGUUCAGCUUUAUCUGAAGUUCUGAGAUCAGGAUCCUCCAGUCUGAGAGAGCUGGACCUGAGCAACAACAACCUACAGAACUCUGGAGUACAGAAGCUCUGUGAAGGACUGAAGAAGAAAGAGUGUAAACUGGAGGUUCUGAGAUUAUCAGAUUGUGGUGUAGGAGAGGAAGGUUAUGCUGCUCUGGCUGAAGCUCUGAAAUCAAACCGUUCAUACAUGAAGGAGCUGGAUCUCAGAGGGAACCAUCCUGGAGAAUCAGGAAUGCAGAAGAUCUGUGACGUAUGUAACGCUGGAUGGUUCAACUGGAGUGAAAUGAAACUGAGGCUGUUUAAAAUUCCUGAUGCAGAGGAAGCCUACACCACUCUCAAUCAGAUUCUAGGUAAAAACAUCUUACUGCAGAAGGAACUCGAUCUGAGCUCCAAAACACUGAAAGAGAUCAAAGUGAAUCAUCUAUCAGCUCUGCUGGGGGAUCCACACUGUACAAUCCAAAACCUUACACUGAGAGAUUGUGAGAUCUCAGAUGAAGGUUAUGUUGCUCUGGCUGGAGCUCUGAUGUUAAACCCCUCAUCACAUCUAACUGAUCUGGAUCUCAGUGGAAAUAAUCCAGGAACAGAAGGAAUGGGGAUGUUUAAUGAUUUAUUAAAGAAACCAAACUCUAAACUGAAAGUGAGAUUUCUGAGCAGAAGCCCUGAGAUGAAUAAAGCUUGUGAUUAUCUGAAUAAAAUGGAUAUAAAGAUGUUAGACCUGGUAGAGCUGGAUCUGAGUGGAAGAAAUAUUGGAGAUUCAGGAGUUAAACAUCUAUCGACUGUACUGAAGGAUCCACACUGCAUGAUUACAGAACUCACCUUGAGGAACUGCAGCAUUACAGAUAAAAGUUGUGCUGAUCUGAAAUCAGCUCUUGAUGUAAAUCCAUCACACCUGAAAGAUCUGGAUUUGAGUAACAAUCAACUAGGAGAUCCAGGAGUGAUUCAGAUCUCUCAUCUACUGAAGAAUCCACAGAUCAAACUCCACAAACUCAUAUUAUCAGAUUGUGGUGUAAGAGAGGAAGGUUAUGCUGCUCUGGCUGAAGCUCUGAAAUCAAACCCAUCAUCAGAGCUGAUGGAGCUGGAUCUCAGAGGGAACCAUCCUGGAGAUUCAGGAGUAAAAUUGCUCGAUGAUCUAGUACAGAAUAAAAAAUCUAAACUGAGCACACUGAGGAUUAAUGACGAUGAUCUAACGAUGGAGAGCUGUUCAGCUUUAUCUGAAGUUCUGAGAUCAGGAUCCUCCAGUCUGAGAGAGCUGGACCUGAGCAACAACAACCUACAGAACUCUGGAGUACAGAAGCUCUGUGAAGGACUGAAGAAGAAAGAGUGUAAACUGGAGGUUCUGAGAUUAUCAGAUUGUGGUGUAGGAGAGGAAGGUUAUGCUGCUCUGGCUGAAGCUCUGAAAUUAAACCGUUCAUACAUGAAGGAGCUGGAUCUCAGAGGGAACCAUCCUGGAGAAUCAGGAGUGCAGAAGAUCUGUAGUGUAUGUAAGGCUGUAUGGUUCAACAGGAGUGAAAUUAAACUGAGAAUAUGAUAAACCAGGAGGAUCUACACAUCCUGGACAAGGCCAAAAAAAUUCUGAUGACCAGCAGACUCCUGAACCCGACAGCUUCUCCUCAUCACAAAAACCAGCAAAAUAUAAAGAACACUCAAAACACAGAUGAGGAGGAAGGUUCCUCACCCACUUCAGACAGUAAAUACAAUGAAUAUUUUUGGUGUAACCCACACAGUGUAGUCAGUAAUUCAGGAAUGGUGGAGACCCCCAGGACAGCAGUGGGACAGUAACUCAAAACCAUCGACUCCAGGCAGCUGGAGGCUAGAAAACGUCGUACCACCAUUAAUCCACAGAGGCAAACAUACAAACCAAUUCCAACAAAUGUACAGUACACAGAAUGUUUUACUUUAUCAGCUUUAUUAAUGUUUAUUAAUGUUUUUAAAUAUACAUAAUGUACAGUACACAGAAUACUUUAUCAGCUUUACUGACUUUAUAUAUAAAUAUAUACUAGUGUGA